AUGCUGACCCAGGUGGUGAGCCAGACACAGCUCCGACCCCUCUAUACCCUGUAUGUUUGCUUCUUGGCCUGGAUCACCAGACACACUCUUUCCUCCUCAUCUCCCACAAUGCCGAAUUCCAGAAGACCUAAUUAUCCUUACAACCAGAAAUACACCGUUCCUUUUGCGCGGAAGUUGAGCCCCGCCGAGCAAACCCAGGUCGACUACUACCGAACGCUGCGCGAGAGAUUCCACGAUGGCCCCUUUUACUCUGUGCUAGAUGCUUCUUCUUCCAAUGCGAAGAAGGGCAGCGCUGCCCGUGUCAACUUUGAUCCUUUCCACGGCAUGCCCACGUAUUCUGGUCGUUAUCAGAGGAAGCGCCGCACCCUCCCUAAGAUUGCUGGACAGUCAUACUACUUGAAAUUCUUCCCCCGCGACCUAUGGCAGACACUCCAGCCCAAUUUCCGACCCGAUGCCUCAUUGGACGGCUACCAAACACAAGCCUCUGCUGCGGGUGUAAAGCGCGGUUUUGAAGACGAAGAAGAUGACGGACCUUCUAAGCGCAAGGCUGGCGAAGACGACGAGGAGAAUGAGGGUGAAGGAGAGGAGGCUGAGGCAUUGGAUGAUGACGAGGAACAGGCAGAGGAUGAGCUGGAUGAUGAUUUCUCCGAGGAUGACGAUGACAUGGGCGGUGACUACAAUGCCGAGCAGUACUUUGACGGUGGAGAUGAUGAUAUGGGUGAUGAAGAUGGCGGCGGCGACGAUGACAUGUAA